AUGGAAGAAUUGGAACAAGGCCUGAGGCUGCAGCCGUGGGCGUGGCUCCAGCUUGCUGAGAACUCCCUCUUGGCCAAGGCUUAUAUCACCACACAUGGCUACACUUUGCUUGUUUCUGAUCUUCAACAAGUGUGGCACGAACAGGUGGACACUCGUGUAGUAAGCCAUCGGGCCAAGGAGCUGAACAAACGCCUGACUGCGCCUCCUGAAGCUUUCCUCCGGCAUUUGGAAGAUCUGCUUUGCCCGUUAUUGAAGGACGCUGCCCCUCCUAGUGAAGCCGCCUUCUCCUGUGAGCAUGUGGCAGACGCAUUGAUAGUCCGGGUGCGGAGCGAGCUCUCUGGCCUCCCUUUCUAUUGGAAUUUCCACUGCACCCUAGCAAAUCCUUCCCUGGUCUCUCAGCACUUGAUUCGUCCUCUGAUGAGCAUGAGUCUGGCGUUGCACUGCCAAGUGAGGGAAUUAGCAACAUUGCUUCGUAUGAAAGAUGCAGAGAUCCAGGACUACCAGGAGAGCGGGGCAACCUUGAGCCGAGAUCGGUUAAAGACAAAGCCGUUUGAAGAAAAUUCCUUCUUGGAACAAUUUAUGAUCGAGAAACUACCAGAGGCAUGCAGUAUUGACAAUGGAAGGCCAUUUGUCACAAAUCUGCAGCAUCUGUAUGUGGCGGUCACCAAGCAAGAGGUCCAAGUGGAACAAAAGCUUCCAGGCCCUGGAGAUCCUCAGACAUCAAGCAGCACUUCCCCACAGAGAACUGACAGCCACCUGGACCAGCCAGAAGAGCCAGGUUCGUCAGCACCAUCUCUCUCGGUGCCCGAGUCGGAGCCUACGGGUACUUCAGGCUGUACACAGAGACCUCAACUGUCAAAGGUCAAGAGGAAGAAGCUAAGAGGGCUCUUCAGUUAG